GAUCGAGUCAUUAAAAGACCAAGGUAUAUGCGAAUUUAUAGCGUAAAAAUAUUCAAUUGGAGGCAAAAGAGCCUUAGAGCGAUGUCAUACUAAACAUACAAAAUCCUAAGUCCACACAGGUAUCGAUUUUCUAUUCAUCUCCACUGUAAUUCAAAAAUCUGUGCGAAAUGGAGGUUAAGGCCAAGAGAAAUGACGAAAAGAAAAUGAAGAGACAGAGUGUAGCUGCAGUUGCAGUGGUUGGAGCAGCUGCCAUUGUUCUCAUCGCCGGCAGGGCCCUUCUUUCUUUACUCAGGCGUCGCUCCAAAGGAUAUCCUGGAAUCAAAAUCUGUGUCAAUCUUACUGCAUCAGAAAUCCUUAAUCUAGCCGAUCGUAUCAUGGCCAAAUCAAAGCAAAUCUAUGAUUCUGUAGCUGCUGUACCGCCUAACAAGGUUUGCUAUUCCAAUGUUAUUGUUCCACUUGCUGAAUUAGAAGCAGAACAAUUUCAUCUAGUACAAUCAUGCGUGUUUCCAAGAAUGGUGUCCCCCUCAAAGGAUGUUCGGGAAGCUAGUAUUGAAGCAGAGAGAAGAAUUGACGCCCACAAUUUGAAUUGCAGCAUGCGAGAAGAUGUUUAUCGUGUUGUGAAAUUAUUUGCAGCAAGAGGGGAAUGGCUAGAUCCAGAAGCUCGACGCUAUGUCAACCACUUGGUAAAAGACUUUGAGAGGCGAGGUCUUAAUGCCACUUCUAGCAGAAGAACAGAAAUUGAGUGGUUAAAAGCAAGAAUAAAGGAGCUGUGUAACACAUUUGUCUGCAAUUUGAGUGAGGAGAAUUGUUAUCUUUUAUUCAAGGAUUCAGAUCUGGUUGGGAUGCCUUCUGAUUUUCUCGAGAGCUUGGACAAAACCGAGGAUGGCAUGCUGAAGGUCAAUAUUAAACCAAUCCAUACCUAUCCAAUACUAAAGCAUUGCAAGGUUGGAGCAACUAGAAAAGUUGUGGCAUCAGCAAAAGGUCAACGUUGCUUGGAGGAAAAUACAUUAAUCCUUGAGGAAUUGAUCAAUCUCAGGUAUAAGAUGGCACGCUUGCUGGGAUAUUCAAAUUAUGCAGAAUAUGCAUUGGAGACACAAAUGGCUAGAACACCAUUUAAGGUAAUGGAGUUCUUAGAGGAUGAAUCACGGAUCAUGUCAGAAUCGGCUGUCAAAGAACUGCAAAGGCUCAAGGAUUUGAAGAGACAAGAGGAAGGAGAAUCUCCAUUUGGAAUGGAAGACUUGCAAUACUAUAUGCACCAAGCAGAAGAGCGAGAGUUUGGAAUCAAUUAUAAAGAAUUGCGGCAUUAUUUUCCUGUCGAAUCUGUUACACAAUGGCUGUUGAGAACUUAUCAAGAUCUUCUUGGCCUAAAAUUUGACAGGGUCCAAGGAGCUGAGGUUUGGCAUCCUGAUGUUUGCUUAUAUUCAGUUUUGGAUUCUGUCUCUAAUGAAAGUUUGGGGUAUUUCUAUAUUGAUCUAUAUCUUAGAGAUGGAAAAUAUGGACAUACUUGUGUUUUUCCUCUUCAGGAUGGCUGCCUUUUGAGAAAUGGCACUCGCCAGUUACCAGUAGCUGCAAUAAUUGCAAACUUUUCUAAGUCUGAACAAGACAACCCUUCAUUUCUACGAUUUUCUGAAGUAGUUACAUAUUUUCAUGAGUUUGGCCAUGUGGUACAUCAUAUUUGUAGCCGUGCAUCAUUUUCAAAGUUUUCUGGGCUAAGAGUGGAAAACGAUUUUGUCGAAGUUCCAAGUCAGAUGCUAGAGAGCUUGUGUUAUGAAAGUGCAGCCUUAAAAUUAAUUGGCAGUUUCUGUAAGGACAUCUAUAGACCAAUCCCAGACGAAAUUUGCAUAGCUCUAAAACGGAAACAAAAAGCUUUUUAUGGGCUGAAAACCAAAGAAAAAAUACUUAUGUGUCUUUUUGAUCAGAUAAUUCACACAAGUGACAAAGUGGAUACGAAGGCUCUUUUUGAAGAUCUCUAUCCAAAGGUAAUGGUGGGCAUUCCUUUGCUGGAUCGAACAAGCCUUGCUACAUCAUUCCUGCAUCUGGUCACAGGCAAUGAAGCUACAUGCUACAGAUACAUCUGGUCUGAGGUAUUUGCAGCAGAUAUGUUUGUCUCAAAGUUUGAAGGUGAUAUUUUGAAUAGCUCUCUGGGAAUGCAAUACAGAAAUAAGGUAUUAGCUCCUGGAGCAACCAAAGAUGCAUUUGCCAUCCUUCAUGACUUCCUAGGACGAGAACCUUCGAAGGAAGCAUUCAUGAGAAGGAGCACGUCAUAAAGUAGAUAGAGUUGGACUUUCAGCUGUCGAUUCACUAUGGUGGAGCUGCUUGUGUUUUGUAAUUCAGAAUCCACAUGAAUGUUCCUAUCUGUUAAUUUUAUUUUAGAGCAUUUGAAAUUCACCCAAAUGCCUUCUGAAAAUGACAGAAUUUAGUAGAUGCUUGUCUUUACCGAUAUUUUCAAUCAAUACUACAGUUGAGUAUUGUUUUAGAAAUAUUUGUACGUUUAUUGUAUUUGUUUGAGAAGUAAAUCAUAGGCAAAUUAAAACUGUGGCUGCAAACUCAUAAUGUACUUGUGCAAUGGUUUCAAUUCAUAAAUUUAAUAAGUUAUAUUGCUCGUUUAAAAA